GAAACCCAAGAUCAACGUCAACCUUCCUUUGGCAUUUUUGCACUUGACAUCCUUCCCCACGCCGACGACAACCCUUCUCUCGUGGAACUCAGCACACAUGCAGGCCAACUGAGCUGUAAUACAUCGUGCGCACUUUUCCGCGCAUUCCUCCCUGGCGUCUCCAUCAUCCGUCAGCUGGCCUGCUGACCAGUCAUGGUCAACUCAAAGAAUGUCUCUUUCAAAGUCGAUAAGCAGGCACCGAUACAGGGACCUCCACCUCUUCCAUAUGCCACAGUGAUUAACUGCCGUAAGCCGCGCGGGAAGCGGAGUUUAAAGGGCGGGGAAGAGGUGCGCUCGCAGCAGGUUCCGGUUCCAGCAGUACUGCUCAAGGUAUCUGGUGGAGAAAGAGAGAGGAAGCGGAAGCGGGUGGCAGAUGUGCAAGCUGUGGAAGUUGUUCGGAGACCUGACCAGGAAAGUAGUCAUGGUCAAAGUAGUCAUGGUUCCCGCGACCAGUCUUCUCCUAGUAGGUCGGUAUUUCCGUGGUCGUUCCCAACUCAGAGGCCCCAAUUAUCAAAACCAACCAAGUUCAGGAGAGGACGAACGCUUUCUAAAAGGAUAGAUCUCGAUUCCUGGUUUACGAUUUUGUCAUUCUCCGAUCCCGCACAACUCCUAGAGAUGCGCACCAAGAUUGCCUCAUGCUAUCGCUUCCUGCGGGACAAUCCUACUCUAUGGAAGCACAGCCGAUCCUAUUAUUACGGAGACAGCCUGCCGAAUCCGCCCGCUGAACUCACCGAAUUUCAAUAUGCUCACCUACGGCAUGGCCAUGGCUGCAUGAGCUGCGGUACUCCCUCCACCCGCAAGACCUACUGGGCAUUUCUUCGUCGUUGGUGCAAGCCUUGCCUGCAGAAAAAAACUCUGCGGGAGCAUGAGGCCGUGGCCUUGUUCAAGGGGAUGCACAACGAAGAAAUUCCGCACGUUCUGCGAGCUCUGGGGUCUGGUGUCAUUGAUUCCUGGUGCAAUUUCGUGGGGGUCGGGCCAGCUCAGACACACUCCCUUAAGAACAUCUAUCUGGCGGCUGAUGUUCAUAAGCUCGUGGCCGACAUGGCACAGGGGGCCCGGGAGAACCGCGCAACGUGGCAUGCAGAGCUACGUACCUUUCUCAUGCAGAAACAGAGAGUCAUCGAGGCCCGCCGUGAGUUCGCCAAGAAGAUGGAAACCUGGGAGGACAACACGCGUGCAUCCAAAGCGUUCAACUACCAGGGAAAGAAGGAGGCCCGGAAGACAUAUUUCGUUGACAAGGCUUCGAGACUCGACCUUGAUCCCCCGACCACCUUGAGAGAGAUGGAACAGUGUCCUGCAUUCCGCCGCUCAAUCGCAAUCCCAAAAGAGCCCAACAUGACAUCGUGGCUAGCAUUAUUACCCAAACUCGAAAAGGAAGUCGCAGAACUACGGUCGCGACCUCCGCCUCCGCCGCCAGCACCAGCAUCCACACCUGUUCCGAGCACACCUGUCUCGAGCAUACCUCAUCGUGGCGUCUCGACGAGCCUCUCUACACCUGAGCCUACCAGUCAUGAGCCUACCAGUCAUGAGCCCACUCGUCAUGAGCCCACUAGUCAUCCAUAAAUGGCUCAUUCUUUGCAUGGGAUCUCGAAGAUAUCCACUUUCAUCUUUGACUUCCAUUACUCUCCUAUUUUUAUUCAGAUAAUAUUUCCCGAGUAGCUAUGGCGUUUUCUCUGCAUGGGCUGUUUGGUGUUUCUACAUUUGCAUUAGGUACAUGGGUAUUCGGGACUAUCACGAGCUGGGCAUAAUGGGAUAUCGGUAUAUGGAUAUAUGCCUAACACAUAUGAUGACGAUAUUACUGGGAGGAAUUAUUUUGCAGCCUUUUUCUUCUACGAUCAACGAUAGAUUCUAAUUACACGACAACUUUCUUCGACAUGAUUCUUGCUAUAAUUGCCAUCAAAAUAGCAGAAUAUCACAUAAUCUUGCAAUCUUGACUGUUCA